AUGGCUUCUGAAUCCGCUAUCAACGGCACCUUCGUCCCUCAGAAUGGCUACGGCUCGAUAGACCAGUCCGGCUACACUGCCCCCAGCUACCCUUCCUCUGCGCCCUCUCAAUCGAACAACUCUGCCGCCGACAUUCCCAAGGACGAGGUCGGCUGGUACUUCGUGGAGCAGUACUACACGACCCUCAGCCGCAGCCCCGAGAAGGUCUACGAGCUUGACUUUUCCGAGUGCAAGGUCCGCGUCACCAAUGUCGAUUCGCAGGCCUCUGAUGAGCACAUCGUCAUCCAGGUUAUCGGCGAGAUUUCCAACAAGUCGGCUCCGCAUAAGAAGUUCACCCAAACUUUCGUUCUCGCUGCUCAGACCAACGGCUACUUUGCAACCGAGGAGUCUGCUGCUAUCCAGGAGCCUGCUCCUACUGCUGUCCAGGAGCCCGAGCACGAGACCCUGACCAGCUCUGAGGACCCUGUCGCCAUCGAGAAGGAUGCCGCCAAGGUCGACAAGGAGAUCGAGGAGAAGAUCAUUGCUGACAAGCCCGAGGAGACCGCCGCUCCUACUGCUGUCGUCAACGACUUGCCUAAGGCUGAAGCUGCUGAGCCCGCUCAGGCCGAGGCUCCUGCUGCUGAUGUGCCCGAACCUACUGAAACUCCUGAUGCCGCUCCCGAGGCUGCCACCGAGGCUGCCUCUGAGGUUCCUGUUGCACAAGCAUUGGAGACCGAGAAGCCCAAGGACCCUGAGCCUACUCCCGCCGUCCGCUCACCUGUGAAGCAGGCCGCCCAGCCCGCAAAGGCCGCUGCUCCUGUCAAGCCCGCUGCCCCCGCUGCUCCUGCCGCACCCAAGACCUGGGCCAACCUCGCCGCUGCUGCCCACCGUGUUGCCACCCCCGUUGUCACUCCUCAGCCAUCCACUUCUGCCGCACCUGUCCAGCCUAAGACUGCUCCUCAACCUGAGCCUGCCGCCAAGCCUACACCCGCUGCACCUGCUCAGGAGGCUGCUCCUGCUCCCGCACCCGAGUCUUCUCCUGCCGCCCCUAGCGCUGACCAACAAGAAGAGUGGACCAGCGUCGGCGACAAGAAGCAGAACAAGGGCCAGGCCGCUGCAGGUGCUCAAGACACACCCCAGUACCGCACCUACGUCAAGAACGUCCACGAGAGUAUUACUCUUCCCACUUUGAGAGAGGCCAUUGAGAAGUACGGUGAGAUUGUGUACUUUGACGCUAACAGACCUAAGACCAUUGACGGCUACAAGGCCGCCCUCAAGGCUAGCCCCAUCUCGAUCGGUGAGCAUGCCAUCACCAUCGAGGAGCGCCGUCCCAAGGACAACAGACCUUACUAUCCCGGUAACCGUGGUGGUGCCAGAGGCGGCCGUGGUGGCGCCAACCAAGCCCCUCGUGGCUCUUUCCAGGGCGGCCGUGGUGGCGGUUCCCAGAGAGGUCGUGGCGGUGCCGCCUCUCGUGGCCGCGGCGGUGCUCAGGCUGCCUAA